ACUUUUUAUUCUUAUAAUGAAUAUAAGUUAAAAAUCCGUGCUAUUGAAGACAGAUUAAAAGAAUUAAAUCCUGAGAAUUAUAAAAAUUCAAUUGAGGAAGAGUUGGAGGAAAAAUUAAAAAGCAAUGGGCUUAGCAAAGAAAUUCUUAGCCAGGAAGCUAAAGAAAAAUUUCAAGAGGCAGUAGAAAGUGGUGAUGUAGAAAAAAAGUUAGAAGUUGUAGAAAUUAUUAUUGAAAAAGGAGUUGAGAAAAAACUAAAUGAAAUAAUAUUAACUAGCAAAAGUAAUUUAACUAGAACUCAGAAAGAAGAAUUACUUAACAAAAUAUUAAAAAUUAUUUCUGGGAAUGCUUACCAAAAGAAAGUUUAUCAAAAACAUAAUAAAAAAGUAGACAAGUUAGUAUCCGAACUACAAAGAGAAAUAGCAGAAGAACAAAAAAACUCUGAAUUUUCUUGA